AAAAAAUGUCAAAGAUUGUGAUCAGUGAAAGAACAAAUGGAAAGUAGGUUAGGAAGAAUUUUCCAUGAAAAUAUUGUCCUCUCAAAAAUGUAGAGACAUCAUGGUAUUUAGACUUUAGGGCAUGUUUGGAUGAUAAGUCAAUGAAAAGGAAAAAAAAAUUGCAAAUCUUCGGAGAGACUGGAGGAGAGGGUUUUGUGCUGGGUUCCUAAAACCCUCUGCCUAUCCAAUUCAAAAACAAUGCCCCAUCUCACAAGCUUCCGCCUCCUGUACUGCUCUCCUCUCCUUUCUCCAUUUAAAUCCCCAUUUCUCUCUUUCUCCACCCUCUCCAAAUCCAAGUCCCCUCUUCUCAAUCCUCCUUCAUUCUUCACUGUCCUCUCUUCUUCGUCUGGAAGGUAUCCUAAACUCCGUCGUCACCCCCACCAUCUGAGGAGAAGGAAUAGCAGUUCUUUCAGGGAGACUAAUAGGAGAGACAAAGGUAUGUCAACGGAGGAGACUGAGUCUGGGUCUGUUGGGUUUAACAAGAGGAGGGCUGAGGGGAGAGACAAGAAUGACAGGCCCAAGACCCUUCAGUUGAAAGCUCGGAAACUCAAUCCUGUCAAUACCAUAUGCUAUGUUCAGAUUCUGGGGACUGGGAUGGAUACACAAGAUACUUCGUCUUCUGUCUUGCUUUUCUUUGAUAAACAAAGAUUUAUUUUCAAUGCUGGAGAGGGCUUGCAACGUUUCUGCACAGAGCAUAAGAUUAAGUUGUCAAAGAUUGAUCACAUAUUUCUGUCUCGUGUCUGCUCUGAAACGGCUGGUGGACUUCCAGGGCUUCUUUUGACUUUGGCUGGCAUGGGAGAUGAAGGAAUGUCUGUCAAUAUUUGGGGUCCCUCAGAUCUUAAAUAUUUAGUUGAUGCAAUGAGAUCCUUUAUCCCAAAUGCUGCCAUGGUCCAUACUCGUAGCUUUGGGCAAGCUCUUGGUUCUGAUGGUGCUCCUAUUCCUGAUCUUAGGGAGUUUUCAGAUCCCAUUGUUCUCAUUGAUGAUGAAGUUGUGAAAAUAUCAGCCAUUCUCUUGCGACCAAGUUGCCUGAAAGGAUCUCAGAUUGUGACAGAGGAACCCAACAUGCUAUAUCCUUCUGAAGUAGGCAUAGAAGGGAGAAGGGAUCAUCUUCAGGAACCAAUUUUACCACAUUCAGCAGGUGAAGACAGCAAAGCUGGUGCUAUGGUGAAGCCUGGUGAUAUUUCUGUAAUUUAUGUUUGUGAAUUGCCUGAGAUUAAAGGGAAAUUUGACCCUCAAAAAGCUGUGGCUCUUGGACUGAAAGCUGGGCCAAAAUACCGUGAAUUACAGCUUGGGAAAUCAGUAGUGUCAGAUCGAAAAAAUAUCAUGGUUCAUCCAAGUGAUGUGAUGGGACCUUCUAUUCCUGGUCCUCUUGUAUUGCUUGUAGACUGCCCAACGGAAUCAUAUCUACAGGACCUUUUAUCCGUGGAAUCCCUCAGUAGUUAUUAUGCUGGUUCGUCAAGCAACCCACCAGAGAGUGCCAAAACAGUGAAUUGUGUAAUUCACUUAAGUCCUGCAUCUGUUGUAAGGGCUCCCAAUUACCAAGUGUGGAUGAAGAGAUUUGGUGCUGCCCAACAUAUCAUGGCUGGACAUGAAAUGAAGAAUGUGGAAAUUCCGAUUCUAAAAUCUAGUGCAAGAAUUGCAGCACGACUUAACUACCUUUGUCCUCGGUUCUUUCCAGCCCCAGGUUUUUGGUCUCUUCGGCAUCUUAACCACUCAAUUCCAGAAUUGAUUGCUUCAAGUGAGGGUUCUGUUACAAAGCUUUGUGAAAGCGUUGCUGCUGAAAAUCUUCUAAAGUUCCAUUUGCGCCCAUAUGCACAGCUUGGUUUGGAUAGAUCUGGUAUACCGAGUUUGAGCUCUCCCUCAGAAAUAAUUGAUGACUUAGUUUCAGAGAUCCCAGAGGUUGUAGAUGCUGCCCAAGAAGUAGGCCAAUUUUGGAAUGGGUUUGGAGAAGCAAAAGGGGAGAUAACUCCCAUGCAUGAUGAUAAAGUUAUGAUUGAAGAACCAUGGUUGAAUUGGAAUACUCUUCCUGGUUGUUUGGAGAAUAUAACAAGAGAAGACAUGGAGAUUGUUCUUCUAGGGACUGGUUCUUCCCAGCCAUCUAAAUACAGAAAUGUUACUUCUAUUUAUAUUAAUCUUUUCUCAAAGGGAAGUUUGCUCCUAGAUUGCGGUGAAGGAACCCUGGGACAACUGAAACGAAGAUUUAGUGUAGAGGGUGCUGACAAUGCUGUGAGGGGUUUAAGAUGUAUUUGGAUUUCUCAUAUUCAUGCUGAUCACCAUGCGGGUCUGGCAAGAAUACUUACUUUGCGACGUGAUUUGUUGAAGGGAGUACCUCAUGAACCUUUGCUUGUUAUUGGGCCAAGGCAGCUUAAGAGAUAUCUAGAUGCAUACCAAAAACUUGAAGAUCUAGAUAUGCAGUUCCUUGAUUGCAGGCACACCACAGAAGUUUCACUGAAUGCUUUCGAGUGCAGUUUUGAAACAAACAAGGAACACUCUUCUCCAGAAGGUCCAGUCAGUUUUGAGGAUGUAAACAAUAGAAAUACAGUUGAGUUAAUGAAUCAAAAUAUUGAUUCCUCUUUAUUUGCUAAAGGAAGUCGUAUGCAGAGCUAUUGGAAGAGACCAGGGAGUCCUGUUGACCAUAGCGUGGCUUUCCCAAUCCUAAAGAACUUGAAGAAAGUGCUCUGUGAAGCAGGUUUGGAGGCUUUGAUCAGCUUUCCUGUUGUGCACUGUCCCCAGGCAUUCGGUGUUGUCUUGAAAGCAUCAGAGAGAAUCAAUAGUGUUGGAAAAGUUAUACCAGGGUGGAAGAUUGUGUACUCUGGUGACACUAGGCCCUGCCCAGAACUAAUAGAAGCAGCUCGUGGAGCAACAGUUCUUAUACACGAGGCAACUUUUGAGGAGGGGAUGGUGGAUGAGGCAAUAGCAAGAAACCACAGCACAACAAAUGAAGCAAUCGAAGUUGGGAACUCUGCUGGCGCAUACCGGAUCAUCCUUACCCACUUCAGCCAAAGAUACCCAAAAAUUCCAGUUUUUGAUGAUGCCCAUAUGCACAAAACAUGCAUUGCCUUCGACCUGAUGAGUGUUAACAUGGCAGAUUUGCCUGUCCUCCCAAAAGUUCUUCCAUACCUUAAACUCCUCUUUAGGAAUGAGAUGACUGUUGACGAACUGGAUGAUGUAAUUUCUGCAGGUUUGGCCUCUUAACAAAAGAGAAAAAUGAUUCAAUCAUCAAUAUAAUUAGCGUAUUCUUCAUCA